AUGCCAACUGCGAUAGUCACAGGUGCCUCCCGAGGGAUUGGACGUGCAAUUGCCUUGCGCCUAGCGGAUGACGGUUUUAACGUGGCGAUAAAUGAUAUGAAGUCACAGUUGAAUGAUUUAAUCAGUCUUAAAUCUGAAAUUGAAGCCAAAGGGCAGAAGUCUAUUAUCGCUACCGGGGAUGUCAGUCUCGAAGAGGAUGUACAGAGCAUCAUCUCCGCAUCCGUCGAGGCUCUGGGCAACCUGACUGUCAUGGUUGCUAACGCCGGAAUAAUACUCAACAAACGAAUCAUGGACAUCACGCCAGAUGAGUGGGACCAAGUGAAUGUUCGUGGGGUUUUUCUAUGUUACAAGCAUGCAGGACAGCAAAUGAUCAAACAGGGUGGUGGUGGAAAGAUUGUUGGUGCAUGUUCUAUUUCAGGAUAUAGACCGGUCAACUGUUAUUGCCCCGGCAUUGUAAAGACGCCGAUGUGGGAUGAAAUCGAUGAGAGUUACUCCAAUGCCUUGGGGAUUCCAAAAGGCGAAGCUUUUCGCAAGGCGGUAGAGGAGCGCCCUGCUAUGAAGAAGCCAUCGACCCCAGAGGAUAUUGCUGGGUGCGUUAGUUUUCUCUCCGGUAAAGACUCGAACAUGAUUACAGGCCAGAGCGUUAUUAUUGACGGCGUCCAAGAGUUGAUGCGGGGUAUCAAUAACGAUCGGAAUCUAUCACCAUUUGAUCAAGGCGAAAACUAUAUAUUCAAACGUGAAUUCAAACGUGAAUUCCAGUAUUCAAUUUCUGAUAUCAGCUGUUAUUCCGAGUCCCCAACUAUUGAACACAAGUGCAUAUUCUUCAUCAUGGCUCAGAAACUCAUCGUUGUGGUUGGCGCCACCGGCGGCCAAGGUGGCUCAGUGAUCGCAUCGUUUCUCAAAGAUGGAAACUGGAAAAUUCGUGGACUGACUCGAAACCCCGAGAGUGAGGGGGCAAAGGCUCUCUCAGCGAAGGGCGUCGAGAUGGUCAAGGGUGACCUUGGAGAUCUAGCUAGUCUUGAGAGAGCUUUCUCCGGGGCCAAUGUGAUUUUCGCCAUCACGGAUUACUACGAAAACUUCUGGACGGAGGGAUGGCAGAAGUCAAUGGACAUCGAGUACACACAAGGAACCAAUAUGGCCAAGGCAGCUUCCAAGGUGGCCACCCUAGAGCACUACCUGUGGAGUACUCUUCCUCAUAGCACCCGUAUUACCGAGGGAAAAUCUAUUGUGCCCCAUUUUGAAGCAAAAGGCCGAGUGGAUGAGUUCAUUAAGGCGGACGAGCAUCUCUUAUCGCUCACGACAUUUUGCUUCUUCACAACAUUUGUGAUUAACUUGAUCUCUUAUGAGGUGUUCAAGCCUAUCUACCUGCCUGCGGCAAAAAAAUGGGUGCAAAUAUACCCGGCUGAUCCCAACGCUAUGUACCCAUCGCUGGGUGAUCAUCGCAUCAAUUCGGGGAUUUUCGUUCACGGCCUUGUUCAUAAUAAGCCUCCGGGUGGCACUCAUGUGAGGUGUAACGUGGAGGAUCUUACUUUGGAAUCAUUCUUGGCAAUUUGGGGCAAGGCUAGUGGUAUUGCACCGAAUCCUGGCUCUACGAAGGUUAUUCAAGUAUCCCCUGAGACAUAUAUCGAGCUAUUUGGGCAUAUGGGAGAGGAGCAGGCGCGACAAUGGGAGUUCACUCGUAUCAUUAAGGAGAGCGGGGCUUUGAAUAAGUACGGAACACUGGUACAUGAGGCUCAGGAGUAUAUGACCAAAGAGGCUAUCGCUUCCUUGGUGAGCCCUGAAGAGUCGCUGCGAAAGAUCGACUGGAAAGCUCAUGGUUUUCAGUGA